CCGAAUCUACUGAAGAAAACGAACGCGAACCGGCCUCUUGAACCACAAGUGCAAGCACUUGGGCGCGGUGAGCGCCGAUUGUGCAAUGGCGGCGGGAAAGGUCGAAGAGGAAGCGAUUCCGUCCGUAAAUCCCCGAAGCCGUCACAUAAAGAAGAGGGCUUUGAAAAACAAGGCUCUCGUCGUCACGUUUAACGAGAAAGAACUCAGUUUUCUUGUUUUGGGUUCGUGGAGCGAUUUCGUGUCUGGGUUUCCCAAGAGGAAGAAGAAGAGGAGAAAGGAAGCUGAGAAGAAGCAAGGGGAGGCGCUGCGGCGGAAGCGUCUCGAGCUGCGCAAAAAGUGGUGGGAUCGAUACAGCAGCUGAUGAGGUUGAUGAGGGUGUUGAGGAGCACGAGGAUGAUGAGAUUAGUGAGACCUCUGGUGCUGCUAACCCCUGCUGUCGAUCACCCUAUAAUGUUUACUUUUCACUGGUUGGUUCUCUGGUUUAAUGAGACACUGAUCAGUUUGUGAACUUACCGAUAUCAGAAAGAGGUUCUCGUCACGAGGUCUCAAUAAUUAAGGACAGCAACAAAGUUAGGGCACUGCAUUAAUCUUUCUUACUUGCUAUACAAUCACAUCACUUCUGACCGAUCACAAAACCCUUAGUAAUCGUGCACGCAAGAAGGGGAGUUAUGUUUUCUUUAUAGUGGGUGAUUCCAGCCAACAAGGUUCUCCGCUUUGCUAGGGUUGCAAGGUUCUGGUAGUUGUGAAAACAUAUACGAACUUAUUGGUGAAUCCACCCUGGGAUUUUAUAUGAGUAGGUGUGGAUUCAGUUCAUCAUACUGUAUUGCUUCAGCUCAUGCUUAAUCAGAAUUUGGGUUUAACCUUUGGUAUUGCUUUAAGGUACAACAACGUAUGACAAUGGUGAGAUGAAAGUCACUGUGACAACACAUGAGAUUUUUCGAGAGGAGGAAAGUGAUCGAGACAAAAAGACUACCCGAAUCAGUUGGAGCUUCUAAAAAGCACAAUGUACCUGUGAGGAAGACGAAACCUCCAAAAAAGGCUGCAAAGCGCAAAUCACGGCCCAAGCUGCAGCGUGAAAGAGAUAAAAACAAUGAAAGAAAUUGGUAAAAACAUUACGAACCGUGUUUGUAUUUGUUACAAUAGAUUACCUAAACAGCCUUAGUUUUAAUUUAUUUUUUGCAAAGAUGAUCUUUACAGUGUGAUUCAUAGUAUAAACGGUUCGGAUCGUAAGUACAAAACUCGUGUUUAAAAUACUUAGGGUUUUGGGUAGGAAUUCCUACUCAUUUUUGAGUAGCCAAAUAUUGUUUGUAUGCUGCAUUUGGAGUCUUUGUAUUUGACCUUUUAUUAAAAUGGGUGUUUAACAUUAUCCUC